CCAGGGAGUAUAACCAGUAAUGGCUCAACAACUCCACCACCUUACGCUACAAAUCCACAAAUUCCACAUCCGGAAACCAACAAUAACAAAAGCAGCAGUGGGAAUUCUGUUUCAGUAAGACAAAACUCAUCCGAACAUGCUUAUCUCAACUCUGAAGUCAUUAACCAAACAGAGCACUACCACACCUGUGAAGCCAUUGCUUCAAUCUGUAACCAUUGAAGAGAUCUCGCAUGAAACCGAAGACGUAGAUGAAAAUAACAUGGUGGAGACGAUUAUCUUGCCGCAGUUUCCACUCUCACCUUUACCGGAGUGUCAGAGUUGUCUGGAGGAUGUGCAUUGCUAUGCGAAUAUCGAUGCGAAUGCGCUUGCACUGGCGGAUUGCUACGAUCCGUCCAGUGGGAAUAUCAACGGGGUGAUUGGAGGUAAUUUUGUGAUAGAUGAGCCGCAGGAGGUGAAUUAUGUCGAGCUGGAUCUUGAGCCGAGCGGUUGUGGCCCGGUGAGCGUGAGUAAGACGCGGCCGUUGAGCGGAGAUAGUCCGGUUAAGGGUAAGCCGUAUGUGACGAUUGAUUUUAAGAAAACUGAUGCGUUGUCGAACAGCAUUAAUCCGCGGUUGGAGCUGGAGGAAGGGUGUAGGAAGACGAGGCAUAAUUCGACGAUAGGGGACAUCAGACAUAGCAGUUCGAUUAGUGACUGAAAGUUUAGGUUUUAGAUUUUGAUCGGUUUUUACUCGUAUUCGAUUUGAAUUGUUCAAUUAUGAGAUAAUGUGACAAUGCCAAAGUUUUUAGGGUUGGGUGACUCUUGUUUGGAAGUAUUUUAAUCUUCUUUUAAUUGAUUUUGAUAAAAAUAGUAAGAAAAAACAAUUAACGUACAGUUUAGAUACGUAUACGUUUAUUUUAUGCUAAAAAUUUCAAUUUUAUUAGAAAAAAACAACAAAAAUUGCAUCAUUUUAUGAUCAACUUGCUAAAAUUAAUCUAGUUAUUCAACCUUUUAUUCUUUUUUACAAAGAAACUUAUUUUAUUUCAUUUUUUGCUUCAAAAAGCAAAAAUAAACAAUUUUUAUGCUCAAUUUUUGUGCAGAUUAUGAGUAAGUUUAUUUAAAUUGUUAUUUUGUAAGCAAAACAUCUUUCAAACAAGAGUUAUCCACUUUUUUGUUUCAAUAAUUUACAAACAUUUGUUAUAUCUUCCAAAAUAAGUGCUCAAAACGUUUAAAUUUACAUUUGAUUGCAAACAUCGAAAGCAAACAAACCAAUUUGUGAUUUAGAUUCGAGAUUUUUAAACAACAUUUUAUUCUAGUAUUUGCUAAGUAAAGUUAAGUAAACACUUACUGUACGCUAUACCCUCACAAUAUCGCCAAAA